CGGCGGCGGCGGCGGCUAGUGCUCGGCGGCUCGGAUCGCGUUGGCCCGGCCCGGCCCGCACGGCGCUGGGCGCGGAGAACCGCCAUGCCGCCGCGGCGCAGCAUCGUGGAGGUGAAGGUGCUGGACGUGCAGAAGCGGCGCGUGCCCAACAAGCAUUAUGUCUACAUCAUCCGAGUCACGUGGUCCAGUGGCACCACAGAGGCCAUCUACCGGCGCUACAGCAAGUUCUUCGACCUCCAGAUGCAGAUGCUGGACAAGUUCCCCAUGGAAGGAGGACAGAAGGAUCCCAAGCAGAGGAUCAUUCCAUUUCUGCCAGGCAAAAUCCUCUUCCGCCGCAGCCACAUCCGGGACGUGGCUGUCAAACGCCUGAUACCGAUUGACGAGUACUGUAAGGCCCUGAUCCAGCUGCCCCCCUACAUCUCUCAGUGUGAUGAGGUACUGCAGUUUUUUGAGACAAGACCUGAGGACCUGAAUCCUCCCAAAGAGGAGCAUAUUGGGAAGAAGAAAUCAGGGAGUGACCUGACCUCAGUGGACCCCAUGGUCCUGGAGCAGUAUGUGGUGGUGGCAGAUUAUCAGAAGCAGGAGAGCUCAGAGAUCAGCCUCAGCGUGGGCCAAGUAGUGGACAUCAUUGAGAAGAAUGAGUCAGGUUGGUGGUUCGUCAGCACCGCUGAGGAGCAAGGCUGGGUUCCUGCGACCUGCCUCGAGGGACAGGACGGUGUGCAAGAUGAGUUUUCCCUCCAGCCUGAGGAAGUCUCCUGGAGGUACUGCUCUCUGCCCCGGUCUGUGGGUCGCCGCCGGACUCUGGGGGACUUGUAUGCCAUCAGCUGGCGUCAAGAGGAGAAGUAUACAGUCAUCUACCCAUACACAGCUCGUGACCAGGACGAAAUGAACCUAGAGCGAGGGGCUGUGGUGGAGGUCAUCCAGAAGAACCUGGAAGGCUGGUGGAAGAUCAGGUUCCAGGGCAAAGAGGGCUGGGCCCCUGCUUCCUACCUAAAGAAGAGCAGCGGGGAGCCCUUGGCCCCAAAGCUGGGCCCCAGCUCAUCUGCCCACUCAGGGGCCCUCGACCUGGAUGGUGUUUCUCGGCAGCAGAAUGCUCUGGGCAGGGAGAAGGAGCCGCUCAACAACCAGAGGGAUGGCCGGUUUGAAAGUCGCCUGGUGCCAGAUGGUGACGUUAAGCAGAGAUCACCAAAGAUGAGGCAGAGACCCCCUCCUCGCCGGGACAUGACCAUUCCUCGAGGCCUCAACCUGCCGAAGCCUCCCAUCCCGCCCCAGGUGGAAGAAGAAUAUUACACCAUUGCAGAGUUCCAGACCACCAUCCCAGACGGCAUCAGCUUCCAGGCCGGCCUGAAGGUCGAGGUGAUUGAGAAGAGUUUAAGUGGUUGGUGGUACAUUCAGAUGGACGAUAAGGAGGGAUGGGCACCAGCAACCUUCAUUGACAAGUACAAGAAGACCAGCAGUGCCUCAAGGCCCAACUUCCUGGCUCCCCUGCCUCAUGAGAUGACUCAGCUCCGGCUUGGGGAUGCAGCUGCAAUGGAGAACAAUCUGGGUCCAGAAGCAGUGGGGCCCUCCAGGCCCCUGCCCGAGGCACCACAUGGUGCUAUGGACUCUGGGAUGCUGUGGUCCAAAGACUGGAAAGGGGGAAAAGAGGCCCCAAGAAAGGCAUCUUCAGACCUGUCUGCAUCAGCAGGCUAUGAGGAGAUCUCAGACCCCACACAGGAGGAGAAGCCCAGCCUCCCUCCACGCAAAGAGUCCAUCAUCAAGUCCGAAGAGGAGCUGCUGGAGAGGGAGAGACAGAAGAUGGAACCACUCCGGGGCUCUUCCCCCAAGCCACCUGGCAUGAUUUUGCCAAUGAUUCCAGCCAAGCAUGCCUCGCCGGCCCGGGACAGCAAGAAGCCAGAGCCCAAACCCGACAAAACCAAGUUGUUCCCACUGAAAAACGACAUGGGACUGGAGUGUGGCCACAAGGUGCUGGCCAAGGAAGUGAAGAAGCCCAACCUCCGUCCCAUCCCCAGGUCCAAAGCCGAGCUGCCCGAGGAGAAGGCGGAAGCCACUCCCCAAAAUCUGUUCUUGAAGUCUAGACCUCAGGUUAGGCCCAAACCAAUUCCUUCCCCCAAGACGGAGCCAGCUCAGAGGGAAGAUCAAGUGGACAUCUACAACUUCAGGAGCAAGCUCAGACCUGCCAAGUCCCAGGAGAAAGCCUUAUUGGAUGGGGAGAGCCACCAUGCUGCUGGGGGCCAUGACGCAGCUCUCAGCCGAAGCUUCCUUCCAGCAGAGGGCCGUGGUCAGGACAGGUCUGGCAGACAGGAUGGGCUGAGUCCAAAGGAGACACCCUGCAGAGCCCCUCCCAGGCCGGCUAAGACCACAGACCCUGCACCCAAAAAUUUGCCUAUGCCUGUCCAAGAAGCUACCCAGCAAAGACCCGUCGUCCCACCUCGGAGACCCCCACCCCCCAAGAAAACCUCCUCGUCACCGUUGUCGUGCAGGCCCCUCCCAGAGGUCAGAGGACCACAGCGUGAAGCCAACGAAAGCCGGGAAGUUCCUGCCCCAGGCCGUGCCCUCCUUGUCCCUCCGAAAGCCAAACCCUUCCUAACCAACUCCUCCUCGGUAGGCCAGGAUGACAUGCGAAGCAAAGGUGGGCUGGGGCCACGCCUGGCUGGCAAGGUGGGAGAAAACAGAGAGAAAGCAGCCUCCUUCCUCAGUGCCGAUGGCCCAAAGGACUCACUGUAUGUGGCUGUGGCCAACUUUGAAGGAGACGAAGACACCAGCAGCUUCCAAGAAGGGACAGUGUUUGAAGUUCGGGAGAAGAACAGCAGUGGCUGGUGGUUCUGCCAGGUCCUCAGCGGGGCUCCUUCCUGGGAAGGCUGGAUUCCUUCCAACUACCUCCGGAAGAAACCUUAGCUUCCCACCCUGCUCAGAGACCCCGCAGUCCCUGCCGGCCUCUCCCAUGUAUUUAAUAUGCAUCUUAAUUUAUCAGUCUCCACACAGUUUCAAGGAAGGAGGCCACUGGGGUGCUGUGGCUUCUUCUCUCCCAGAGUGGAGAAUGCUUGGUGCAGAGAUGUCCUGUCA